CGAGCCAACCUCGAGCUGCCCGGCUAGCUCAUUUUGACAUUGACAUCACUAGGAACACAAGUCCUCGGACCUUCGUUAUCAGGGUUUUGGGAUUCGGAUCACCGAUCCAGAUCUGACCGAUUAUUCUUCGGAUCUUUGAUUUUCCGGUGGAAACUCCGGCGAUGGCGAAGACGAGACCCUCGCGCUUACGCGCCAGGAAAUUGUCGACGUCGAUGCUAGUUCUGUCGAUGCUCUUCAUGCUAAGUGUUGUCCUCUUAAUGCUUUUGGCUCUGGGCAUUUUCUCUCUCCCGGUAAACGACGAUGAGUCUUCUUCGAUCUAUCUUUCUACCUCGUACAGGCGAAUGGCUGCGGAGAGAGGCGAGGGGAUUGAGAAGAGAGGAGAACAAUACACGGAAGUGCUUUCUUGGGAACCUAGGGCUUUUGUCUACCAUAAUUUCCUGUCCAAGGAAGAAUGUGAGUAUUUAAUCGAUCUCGCCAAGCCUCGUAUGGUAAAGUCAUCUGUUGUAGACAGCAAGACAGGCAAGAGCAAAGACAGCAGGGUGCGUACAAGCUCCGGCACUUUCCUUAGGAGAGGAAAGGAUAAAAUCAUCAGGGACAUCGAGAAAAGAAUAGCUGACUACACUUUUAUUCCUGUAGAAAAUGGAGAAGGGCUUCAAGUUCUUCACUAUGAAGAGGGGCAAAAGUAUGAACCUCACUACGAUUACUUUGUCGAUGAGUUCAACACUAAGAAUGGAGGGCAACGGAUGGCCACCAUGCUUAUGUAUCUGUCGGAUGUUGAAGAAGGAGGUGAAACAGUAUUUCCUGCGGCCAAUAUGAACUAUACUUCUGUCCCGUGGUAUAACGAGCUGUCCGAGUGUGGAAAAAAGGGACUCUCUGUGAAACCGAAAAUGGGCGAUGCCUUGCUCUUCUGGAGCAUGAGACCCGACGCUUCACUGGAUCCUUCAAGCUUGCACGGCGGUUGCCCUGUGAUUAAAGGAAACAAAUGGUCAUCUACAAAAUGGAUGCGUGCUGGGGAGUACAAAGUCUAAGCACUAAGCAUGCAUACAUGCACCAUCUGAUUAGGUUUCUUUUUCGGGCUAUAUUCUUUCAUUCGAUUGGUUCGGGUUUGUGUUUUUUUUCCGGAGGUUGUGAAAAUGAAUUUGAACAAUUUUUUUUGUGAAAUAUAUAUAUAGAUACA